UUUCUGUUCGCGUUAGCCAACGAAUUUUUCGUGUGUCUCUUCAAGAAAAUUUGCCUUUUUCUUUUGGAUUCUUAGUUUCGAAAUGCCGGGUUCGCAUCACCGAAGUCGCUCAAGAUCUAAGGAUUAUCGACGUCACAAAAAACGCUCCCAUGUUCACAGGAGAGUUCGCAAUAAGUUGCGUUCUCGUUCUCGUUCUCGAGAGAUUAGCCGAUCCUCUUCCGAUGAUCGACCACGACGAGAUUCAUCGAGGGCUUCCUCCAUGCUUCGAGAUUCAAGUCUCCUUGAGCAGAUCUUUGCAGCGAUCCAGACUCAAGGCCAAAAAUUAUCCUUACUCGAGGGCGAGAUUAAGCCGUAGCGUCAGAUCCUAUGCAUCAUGAGGUUACCUUCGCGCCUCCAGACGCUGAACAAGAUGAGGUCCCUUUGCUUGCCCGUCAGCUUUUCCAUACGCAGGAGGACUCUUUGAAUCGUUUUGCGUGGGACCAAGUUAUUCUUGAUUUUGCUAUUGCCACUGUCUGUACGGGCCUACAGGAGGAUUUACGCUCUCAAUUGAUGGCAAAGUUCGAGGUCAAGGAUGAG